AUGCGUAGAUCGAAAAGUGUUGGAAAUUUCGAACCAGAUCCAGAAAUCGAGCGCACUUUUCGAGUUAGAAGGCAAGAAGCAAGGAAAAAGAAAGAGGAGGCCAAGAUGACUGAUAACAAUAAUGCAAACGAAAAUCUCCAUGUUAUUGUUCCUAAUGAGUCAUCCAUUCAGGAUCAUGAGACUCCUAAUCCUGCUAAUUGCAUGUACAAGACUCCUGCGAUUGGUGCAACUCAAUAUAACAUCAAUCCCAGUCUUAUUCAGAUGGUGAGCAAUUCAGCUUUUGAAGGAGACAUUGAGAGAGAGGAUCCACACCGACAUCUCGAGCGCUUCGUGCAAAUGUGUGGUUCUUUCAGAAUCAAUGGGGUUACUGCUGAUCAAAUUCGUCUUCAUAUGUUCCGUUAUUCUAUAAAGGGAAAAGCUUUGGAAUGGUUUCAACAGCUUUCAGAUACUACUCUAGCUACUUGGGAUAAUCUUUCUACUGAGUUCUUAUCCAAAUAUUAUCCUUCUGACAAGACUCAGCAAAUGAGAGCAAUUAUUCUUACUUUCAAAGCACAACCAGGUGAAGGUUUGUAUCAGGCAUGGGAGAGAUAUAAGGCAUUGUUGAGAAAGUGUCCACAUCAUGGUUACGAGAAGUGGAUGGUUCUGAGUACUUUCUAUGGAGCUCUAAAUUCUGAUAUUCGGCUGAGUUUGGAUGUUGCAUCUGGAGGAAAUUUUAAAAAAGCACCUGUUACUCAAGCUAAGGCACUUCUCGAGGAAUUGGCCUCAAAUAACUAUGCUUGGGCACCUAGUGGUACAAGCUCAGAGGUUCGUGGACAAAGGGCAAAUGUCAAUGCUAUUUCUACUCCAAUGGAAGGGUAUAAUGAUCCUGGUACUGAUCAGUACUUACAUGCACAACAAUUUCCAGAGGAAGCAGCUUUCAUCCAAGGAAGACAAUCAUGGCCUGUUCAGAAUAAUUCUUAUUACAAUCCAAAUCAGAGGCCCAACAACAAUCUUUCCUACAACAACAAUCAUGCUGUUAAUCCAUCAUAUGCAGCUCAGAAGCAGCAACCUCCCGGUUUCCAACCACGUCAACAGUAUCCAAAUCAACAACAGUUUCAACCUCCACCAAAGGACAAGAAAGAACCUGCUGAUUGGGAAAUUGCAUUCAGUAAGAUGAUACAAGGGACGACUGGAGCUUUUGCCAAUAUGGAAACCAAAUUUGAAAAAGUGGAGUCAAGGCUUGAUCAGAUGGCUUCAUCACAAAAGAUGUUGGAAGUUCAAAUUGGGCAAAUUGCUAAUAAGGUUGGUGUUCGUGAGCAAGGAUCUCUACCUAGUCAACCAGAUUUGAAGGGUAAUGAGCAAUGCAAGGCUAUCACUUUGAGGAAUGGAAGAGAAUUGCCCGAAGUCGAGGUUGUCAAGCGUAAUGAAAAGGGCCCUUCAAAGAAAGACGAGCUAGUUGAAUCUGAGGCUGAAAUUUCAGAAAAGGAAAAUGAUGAGCAGAAAGAAGAUGAAAUUGCACCAAAGGUACCAGUGAAACCAUAUGUUCCUCCAAUCCCUUUCCCACAAAGGUUGCAUAACAAGAAGUUGGAGAAACAAUAUGAGAAAUUCUUGCAAACCUUUCGGCAAUUGCAUAUAAAUAUUCCUUUUGCUGAUGCCUUGGCACAAAUGCCAUUAUAUGCCAAAUUUUUUAAGGAGAUGUUGUCUAGGAAGCGGAAACUUGAAGAUGUGGAAACCAUUACUCUCAAUGCGGAGUGUAGUGCAGUUAUUCAAAAAUCAAUUCCGCAAAAGUUAAAAGAUCCCGGAAGCUUCUCUUUGCCAUGCACUAUUGGAAAGAUGGAGAAUAUUAAAGCCUUAUGUGAUUUGGGGGCUAGUGUAAGUUUGAUGCCAUACACCAUUUGCAAGAGGCUUGGUCUUGGAGAGCUCAAGAAGACAAGAAUCUCACUUCAGUUGGCAGAUCGUACAAUCAAGCAUCCUUUGGGAGUCAUAGAGGAUGUACUUGUCAAGGUAGAUAAAUUCUUUAUUCCUUGUGAUUUUGUGGUGUUGGAUAUGGAUGAAGAUGUGGAGAUGCCCAUAAUCUUGGGAAGGCCAUUUUUGGCUACUGCUGGAACCACGAUCGAUGUCAAAGCUGGGAAACUCACAUUGAAUGUUGGUGAUGAAAAGGUUGAGUUCGAUCUCAACAAAGCACUGAAGAUGCCUUCAAUUGACGCUACAUGUUUCAAUGUUGACAUAGUUGAUGAGAUUGUGAAGAAUGGUGAGGUAGACUUGGAGGAAGAAGAACAAGCUCCAACUGACAAUGAAGGUGAGGACAAACUUACACUAGAGAUGCAAAAACCAGGUAUGCCAAUGAUUGAGAUGGCAUUUUCAAUUUCAGAGGCACCUCAGGUAGAACUCAAACCUCUUCCUUCUAAUCUAAAAUAUGCUUUUCUUGGUGAUAAUGAGACAUAUCCUGUGGUCGUAUCUUCUUUACUUGAUGAUGAUGAACUUGAAAAAUUGUUAAAUGUGCUUAAAAAAUUUAAAUCAUCAAUAGGUUGGACAAUUCAGGACAUCAAGGGAAUUAGCCCCGCUCUUUGCAUGCAUAGGAUUGACUUAGAAGAUAAUCAUAAACCAGUGAUUGAAGGACAAAGAAGAUUAAAUCCUUACUUGCAAGAUGUGGUAAAAAAAGGAGAUAACUAA